UCGUUGACCUUGAAGAUGGACUUUUGACUUUUAAAAGUACCAAAUAGUUGUAAAAAGAGAUAUUUCGGGAGUACGGUCCUGCGCGCAGUUUAUCUAGCCGAUAACCUUUUGUACAAAAAUAAAGCGAACCGUCACAAAAUCCAAUCAGAUGAGCCGGGUAAAAAUGGCCAACACACUAAAACUACUGAACAAGACGCCGCAAAAUUUGAGGUCGAUCUCGACAACAGCAACCAAAAAUGAUGCGUGGCUAUCGAAAAUAUUCGUCAGGAAGAUCGAACCCACGAAAGAAUCGCACAGUCGCAUGUUGUCCGACAAAGAGGUGAUUUACUCCUUGCAAACGCACAACUACAAACCGGACUCCAAAAACGCCUACCUCAACAACGUUAAAAACACCGUCGAUUUUAUAAAGACACAAGGACCUUUAGCGCAGGACGUACAGUUAGUAGGUUCGUGGACUGUGAACGUCGGUGACCAAGAUCAGGCGUUGCAUUUGUGGAAGUUCACGGGAGGGUACGACACAAUCGACACCUACAACGAGAUUCUAGGCAAAAAUGCCGAAUUUCAAAAGCUGAACGAGGAGCAGGGCAAAAUUAUACGGUCCCGUCACUUGCAAUAUUUGCUGGCGUUCUCCUAUUGGCCGCAAAUUCUUAUAAGACAGCCGAAAAACAUUUACGAAAUAAGAAGUUACGCGUUGAAACCGGGCACCAUGAUAGAAUGGGGUAAUAACUGGGCUAGGGCUGUGAAUUUUAGGAAAAACAACAACGAAGCGUUCGCCGGAUUUUUCUCGCAAAUCGGACGAUUGUACAACGUCCACCACAUUUGGUGCUAUGAAGAUCUGAACAGCAGGAAAGAAACUAGGGAAAGCGCUUGGAGAUCUCCCGGGUGGGACGAAUGUGUCGCAUACACCGUGCCGCUAAUUAGAGAAAUGCACUGUCGCAUUAUGGUGCCAACCGAGUUCUCGCCCACGCAAUAAACGACCAAACCGACGUGGAACAUGUACCAUUUUUCUCUGACUUUAGUUAUUAAGUGCAUAUCAACGUUUACUCAGCUUUCUUGCAUUUUAUUUCUUUUGUAUAAACGAUGUGAUUUUCGUUAGUCAGUUGAUACCUUCAAAAGAUAUUAUUGUUUGUGUAAAAUUAUAAGAAUUAAAUACAUGUGUUACAUUAAAA